UUAACGAUUAUGCGAAAUUUGGUAUCAGUUAACGAACAGUUGCCGAUCAAAAAUCACAUUUUGUUUACCUGCAUCACCGUUACUACCCCUACUAGAAACAAUGGCAUUCAAGCUCGUAGUCCUCUUGGCCACCCUCGCCUACGCCAAUGCCGGCUUCCUGUACUCCUCUCAACCCACAGCCUACUCUGUGGCCACCCCCGGCGCACUGACGUCACAGUCCUCCAACAUCUACCGCAGCUUCGGCAACCUUGGACAGAUCUCCACCUACUCCAAGACCGUCGACACACCUUACUCCAGCGUGUCCAAGUCCGACGUUAGGGUGUCCAACCCCGGUGUCAGGUUCGCCGCCCCUGCUUUGGCCACGUACGCUGCCCCUGCAGUCGCCGCCCACGCCACAUACGCUGCCCCUGCGAUCGCCACCCACGCCACUUAUGCUGCUCCAGCAAUCGCCGCCCACACCACUUAUGCUGCCCCUGCAAUCGCCGCCCACGCCACUUAUGCUGCCCCUGCGAUUGCCGCCCAUGCUGCGUAUGCUGCCCCAGCAGCUGUAGCCCAUGGUCCCCUCCUGGGAGUCGCCUACUCUGCCGCCCCAGCUGUGUCGCACAUCAGCUACGCUUCUGGAUACGCCAACUACGCUUUCUAA